GGACGAUAUACUCUAUGUGUAUUUGUUGAUGAUCGUCGGCCAUGUUUCGUCUGGCUUUUAUUAUUGGGGUUUGUCAAGCGGUUCUGGGCUCGUAUACUCUCGGACCCGAGUUGCUUACCAACCCUAAUUUUGACUCGGAUUUCUCUGGGAGUGGGUGGUACUGUAACAACUGUAAUCUCGAAAGAAGCACUGACGCAGUGUCCGGGACUCACAGCGCUAAUGUUACAAACAGGGCUGCGAACUGGGCAGGCAUCGCUCAAUCAGUGAAUGUCAAGCAAAAUACGGCCUACUACUUUGAGAGCUCUAUGAAACUACUCAACGAUGAGUCAAACAUGUGGGCGUCCACGGAGGUGAUGCUCCAUGUAACGCAUACUAAUGGUACGCAGAUUCACAGGAUUAUGGGUAGAAACCCCCACUUCCGGAGUGCCCAAGGAUGGAUGAAGCUUGGUGGGGACGCCAUGGUUUCUGACAUGCCUGUGCAAGAGGCACGUAUUUACGUGCAAGUGGCAUACGGUGCUAUUAACUAUCUCCUUGAUAACACGACCAUGAGAGAGAUCGUCCUUAACGAGAACUGGGUAGAAGAGGCAAACACCCGUAUUGAACAGAUAAGGAAACGAGACGUCAAUAUGAGGGUACAGGUGAACAAUGUCCUAAUCGAGCCGACCGACAUAGUUGUAGAAGUCCGACAGACCACCCAUCAAUUUGGCUUCGGAAGUUCUGUAUAUGCGGACAGAAUUUCAGGCUCAACUACUACGGACCAAAGGUACCAGGACUUUUUCUACCAGAACUUCAACUGGGGGACCAUAGAGAAUGCUUUGAAGUGGCGUCAGAUGGAAUGGAAUUAUGGGGAAAUCAAUUAUGCGCGUCCCGAGAAUGCUAUAAAUGCAAUGUUGGCGCAAAAUGUUUCGUUACGUGGACAUUGCGUGUACUGGGGCGUGGAACAGUUCACACCCAACUGGAUCCGCAAUAUGACUGGCGAAGAAGUUAGGGCAGAAGUGACACGACGAGCUAAUGGUGUUGUGGACCGCUUUAGAGGCAGGUUGCACCACUGGGACGUUAACAACGAGAACCUUCACGGCAAGUUCUUCGAGGAAAAGACUGGUAAUGCAGACAUCAUGGCCGACAUGUUCCGGGAAGUGAGGGAUCUUGAUCCAGCCUGCAAACUCUUCAUCAAUGAUUACCUGGUGGUGAAUGAAGGAUGGCUCACAACGGCAUUAGCCAAUCAGGCCAGGGAGCUCCAAGCGGCUGGGUUCGAGGUGUACAUCGGUGCGCAAGGUCACUUUGGUCUCAGAGAUGGCAGAUUUGACCCUGCCUGGGUGCAGAGAAGACUGGAUAGUCUAGCAGCACCUGGCGUUCCAUUAUGGAUCACAGAGUUGGACUGCGAAGACCCGGACUUUAAUGUUAGAGCGGACAAAUAUGAAGCUGCCCUACGAGCCUUCUUCAGUCAUCCAUCCGUGGAGGGCAUCAUUAUAUGGGGAUUCUGGGACGGUGCCCACUUCAGACCUGGUUCCUCUCUUGUUGAUGGGGAGGAUUUCACUAUCAAUGCAGCAGGGCUCAGGUGGCAACAGUUGAUACAACAAGAGUGGCGAACACAGCAAGAUUAUCAGCUGUACUUGUAUGAUGAAACAAUAAACUUCCGUGGUUUCCAUGGUGACUAUGAUGUCAUAGUGUUAGACAAUGGAGUUGAGAUACAGAGGCAGAGUUUCACUUUGAAUAAAGAUUCGGGCACCUUGUCUGUAAAUGUGAAUAUUGAAUAAAAUGUUGAUAGAAG